CUUCACCAACUUGUUCGACCAUUCGAUUCAUUCGUGAAUUGAAAUUUGUCUCGAUUCUGGACACAAUGUUCCGAUCGCUGUUCGCUAUUUUCUUCGCCCUCGUGGCGACCUGUUCCUCCCUCUCGAUCGCCCCCAAGGGUGAAGUAGCGGUUGGUGAGGUCUCUCUCGCCAGGUCAAACAACCCUUUCGGCACCGUAUCCCCGGUUACUCGCUGCGGAGGCGUCGGUACCCAACGAGGUCUACGAAUUUCAGAAUGCGACGGAUUCUGUAACCUUCAACCCGGAAAGGUUUACAAUUGCGAGAACGAUUUUAUGCCAAGUUCUGCUUCCCCAUCGUUAUCACUUUGGGUUGAGAUCUGUCACCGAAGCGUCUGCUCCAUCAUCGUACGAACGGAACUCGCCAAUUCCUCUGUCCAGCCUGGAUUCGUUUACACGGCCAAGUAUGAUAUCGUGCCCAAUGAUUACUUUUCUGGAGAAACAAUUGAAUUCAGGGCAUAUAUCUAUCAAACUCAGUCCAUGUUGAUGGAGAUCUGUGUCUCUGCUGAGAUUGGCAUUGGUAUCGCUUAAAAAAGUCUUAUUUACAACUUAUCAAGUGAAUAAAAUAUAUAUAAACGUUAGUAAUUCCAGU